AAUAAUUAUUUGGUAUAAGCGUAGUAUAUGGAUGCAGUAAAGCUCUGAAGAAUAUAAAUGUGUGAAAUAUGGAAGAUUUUGUAUACUCAGUUUACUCAACUUUUUGCAUUGUGUUUAGAAAUAUACAAUAUUACACAGCGUCCAUCAUAAAGAUAAACUAUGAUGUUAUAUCUGGUUUCAUAGCCUUCCUGUCGGAAGUGAUUCGUUUAUUUGUAAAAUGCAUGGAUGUAACGUUUAAUGUUGUAUUGACGAUUCUUGAAGCUUCAAUUGACUUUUUAACAGAGUGCUUCAAUUUUCUGAGAGCAUUUCUCCAGUUACUAUGGAAGUUUAUUUUGUUAUUGUUUAGUAUUCUGGAUCUUGUGUUAAAAGGUUUAGAACAAAUAGUUUAUUUUAUAUGGAGUGGUGGGAAAUGGACAGCUGGGGCACUGUCUGCAUCUUUGGAAAAUGUCAAAGUGAUAGCUGUGUCAAUCUUUGAAUAUUUGGAGGUAUUUUUCACUUUUGUCUUCAGGAAUGUUUCAAGUGCAUUAUAUUUGUUUGGAACAUAUUCACUGAACUUUCUUAUUGGUGCCUACAAUUUUCUCACAUGGAUAUUCUUUGGUGCUGCUUCGCUAGUGGACAAUGCCAUGAUAUACUUUGCAGAUUCAGUAAAAUUUGUUGUGGACUCUGUAUAUUAUGCACUGACCGACAUUUUCCCAAACACACCUAGAGAAACGUACAUGGGCAUUUUGAUGAUUGUUUUGUUUUAUAUAGCCCUAGUGCAUGCUGUGAGCAGACUGUACAGUCGAGGCUACACAUUUCCCUAUCCAAAUAAUAUGAACCACAACAACGUUCCAUAUCCAAGAUUUGGAAAUGAGUUUUCUGAUGAUGAAUUUGGAAUGAGUGCGGAUGAGGAGAACGAUAGCAAUAAUUCUGACACAGACAGUACUACGACAUCUGUGGAAAAUGAAGAUGAUGAUGAUCUUUCAGAUGAUGAUGAAUUCUCUGAUGAAGCAUCAGAGUUGUCCGUUGUUGAUGAGAGUGAUGAUGACCAUUCUUCAAAUGAUAGUGACAAUUCAAUUGAGCCCAUUGAUAUUCAGCUCCCCGUGGAGCCACAGUACAACCUCAGGAGAUCUGCCACCCCUAAUAGACAGAAGAGAAAGUCAACUCAAGACAUGGAGAAAGAGAUAGAACGAGAGCGUGAGAGACAGAUGUGUGUUGUUUGUCAAGACAAUAAAAAAUCGGUGCUCAUAUUACCCUGUAGGCAUAUGUGUCUGUGUGUUGACUGUGGGCACAGAAUUGCCAAGGCCAGACCACUUGCAAGGAGAAUAUGUCCUUUAUGUCGAGAGAAAAUCAGAACAAUCAUGAAUGUUUACUUGUAGAAUAAGAAUCAUGGAUAUACUUGUAGAAUAAGAAUCAUGGAUGUUUACUUGUAAAUUGAAAAGUUUGGCAUUAUUUGAAAAAAAAAUUUGGUAAAAUCAGUUCAUGUACAUAGUACAAUGCUUUGUCUAUUGUUGCAUAUAAGUUCUAUUUAAAAUUUGUUGUUUUCAUUUUUACCCUAAAUUCAUUAUUGUUUGGAUUGCGAGUUUCAUUUAUAUGUGUAGUUUGAAGUGCUUUCAUUUUAAUUAUGUGAUGAUUAUAAUGAUGAGUUACAAAAUUGUCAGACAUAUGUUGAAAUCUAUAAUGCACUUUGACAUGACUGUUAUUUUCAUUCAGGUUAAAACUUUGCUAAAACAGCUGUAGAACUUAGUUUUUCAUUAGAUCUACUUAUGCAUACUACAAAGACUGAUCUUUUGAUAGUAAUCUAUCUGUAUUUUGCUAGGAAACAGCUGUUGAUUUUUAAUUUAAAAAUUAUGUUUACAAACUAUGAUUGAUGUAAUCCUUUUGAUUUUUCUGUUAAAAAAAUUUAGAUGUAAAUCAUCCUUAUGUUUCUUUUUUUUAAUAAUAAUUCAAAGUUACAUUUAUUUAUUAGCAAUGUGUUUUGAUUUUGGGGGGUAAACUGACCUCUUGUUAGAAGUGACCUCUUGUUAUUGUUGUUGAUACAUGUAAUUUACUGAUAAUGUUUAAAUAAUUAAGGCAUAUAUAUGUUGCAGAGAUCAUGUAGAAAACUUGACAAAUGUAAUUUACCUACUUGAAGUAUCAUACAUACCUGGUUCCUUGUAUCACAUAAAUAUUAUAUAAAGUGUUUUAAUUUGUAAUAUGAUAUUACUCUUCAGUAUUUUUUUUUUUUUUUUUUUUUUUUUGUGGUUUAGAAGAUUUGCACUUGUGGUCAUGAUAUUAAUUCAAAUUAUUGAGUUCAAAUUAUUAUAUUCAGAGUCAAAUAACUUUAUGGAUGUUGCAUCACUAUUUCAAUUGUAAGAUACAUGUAUUUGAGUGGUAGUGGUAUGGUUAUACCCUAUAAAUGAUCUUUGUAAGUGUCUACUUUUUGGUAUAUUUAGAAUAAUGCUAGUAAUUGUUUUGAAUUGAUCAAUGAUGAUGAUGAAUGGGGGAAAUUAAAAAAAAAACACACAUGAAAAAUGAGUAAUUUUCAAAGGGUAAAAAGCAUUUUUUUGUACAUGUACGUGUAAUGCUUGUUUACUGCUCAUUUAUGAUUCACCAAUUGUGUUCAGAAAAGUAUUUUGUAAUUAAAAUUAAUUAUCUAUUA